CUCCUGCAUGCUUUUUCUCAUACGCUGCAUGGGUCAUGCUGCCUCCUCUCAAACUGUGGGCAGACAAACAUAGCACCAGGGAGAGCUAUUAGCAGCAGCAGAAGAUCACCCAGGAGCUCAGAUGUUUAUUUAUUUGAGUCUUCCUGUUGCUUAAAGUCCUGACCUCCUCACGAAGCAAUGGGAGUCAAUGUGGAUAGAAUGGCGAAUACUGUGAUCAGUUUGUCAACUUGUGAGACACGUCUGUCUAAUGAUUAUUCUCCUGACUGGACUCCGUACUCACAGUCGUCCCUGCUUAACUGGAUAACCAACACACUGUAGGAAACAUGAACCCUGAGUCUCUAGACAGGUCCAUCCAGAACACCCUCUCAGUCCUCUACCCUCCCUUCGAGGCCACAGCCCCCACCGUCCUGAGCCAGCUCUUCCAGGUCAUAGAGGAACGUUACCAAGGAGAUGCACUCAAGUGUCUGCUGGACUUCCUCAUUACAGCCAAACACAUCCUUGAGAGUGUUCAGCAGGCUGCCUGUGCCCAGUACUCUGAUGUGGUGUUCCGCUGUGAGGGCUGGCCUCUGUGUCUGCAUGAGAAGGUGGUGAUCCAGCUUGCCUCCAUCAACCCCCUAUUGCUGCGCCCAGGGGACUUCUACCUGCAGGUGGCACCCUUCUCUGAACAGUCCGCCCGCAUUGUGGUCCGGAGCCUGCUGGGGGAGGAGGAGGGACAGGGUCGGGAGGUAGAGGAGACACCCAUCCCUGAGACCUCCUACCCCUGCAUCUUCACUGAGGACUGGCUGGGGGAGCUCAACCAUGGCCGCCAUGGCACCCUUCUCAGCCACUGUAUCCUCUCCACAGACCAGGGCAUGGUGAAGGUGCCAUGGGCACAGGUGGCUCUACCUGAGUUUGUGGAUAAACCCAGAACUAUGGCCUUGUCAUCUCCUAACCCUGCUGCUACUCAACAGGAGAAAGUGGCAAGGCCAGGGCCCUCGUUGGCGCUGCCUCCCCCUGCCUCUGGGUACUCUGUGGAGACUAGGAUCUCUCCUGCUAAACAUGGCAUUGCAGUGUCACUGUGUCUGGUGGACAGUAACUGCUCCAGGCUGGUUAAGGUGGAUCAGGAUAGGCCUGUGGCUAAGCCCAUUGGCUGGGUGUCUCCCAACACAUGGGACAGCCGCAGCAACAACACCUCUGAAGUUGAGGGGGAAUACAUAGACUUGGUGGAGUUCACUAAGCAGAAAGAAGCGUUGCUCAGUGGGGCUCACAGUCACACACACCCCAGAGCACCCAUAUUUAGGCUUGUCACCCUCAACAGGCCUGGUGUUCCUCCGGCUCCAGCCCUGCCCCCGCCCCCGGCCUUGGCUCCAGCCCCCCACCGGCCCCUCAGGGAACCGUUACACUGUGGCCGAACCGUCCGACUCCCCGAAGACCCCCCCUGCACCCCUUGCAUGAGGAGGAGAAUGGGCCAGGUGUCCAAAGCAGAGGAGAUCAGGUGCCGGUACAGAGAGUCUUACCAUUCAGCACUGCAGAACCCUGUUACCAUUGAGAGAGACAAUAGACUAAAUACACUGGCGGUUCUGGAGAAGGCUAGUCCAUGUGAGGGGAGGCUGGGACCAGAGGGUAAAGAAUUAUGUCCUGGUCCCUCCCAGCAGUGCUACUAUCCAGACCCAGGUCACCAUGACCAGACUCCCCCUGUUAGCACGGUUCCCUGUUGGAAGUCUGGAGAAAGUAAGACUAUAUCCAGUAGAGUUUUGCAAGGCCUAUGUGGCACUAGGGAGUCUACAGAAAUGACUACCAAAUCCAGUGGAAUUUUACAAGGCCUGAAUGACACCAUAGAGGAUGAUGGGAGAUGUCCCUCCUCUCUGUCGACCACUAUUGUGGACAUAUCAGAGAAGUGUGAAGUUGUGAUACAAGGAAGAAAAAGUAGGGACAUUGACUUCACUACAAAGAUGAUUCCCAGCUUACAUGUAGUGAAAUGUAAAAACACCACAGCUUUUGGACUGGUUUCCCCAAAGAUGAACAGGCGGAGACUGCCCAACCAAGAUGUCUCCCAGGCUGGCCAACCCUCCAUACCCGUUACAAACGGACACCAGACCCCUCCACUUGAAAUUACCCAGCAGCCCCUGGGUCACUAUGCUGUGCCCAGUUCUAAGGUCCUGUUACCAGCCUCAGCAGAACCCAGCACUCACCAUCUCCAGAUGGGAGUCGCAUGUCUAACUGGUGGCAGAGACAGGACAGGUCGGUUGGUGGUUGAGGUCUACGGAGACAAGGAAGGAUGGAGAUCUCCUUUAGUGUCUAGUCUGGAACUCAGCAAACUUCUGCUCUACCUCCACUCCGUAAUCAGGCGAGAACUAAGAGAACUUGGAAUGACACUAGUUAUUGAUGCUCGGAAGACUCCACCUCCACCACAGUUCAAUAAGGCCUUGUUGGUGGUUCAGGAGCAGAUUCCCCAUGCAAUACACAGUGUCUUGAUSCUAGUGGAGAAGGAGAGCUGCCAUCGCACAGAGAAAUGUCCUAGACUACAGAUUGCUGUGGUGACCUCACUGAAGGGGUUGCACAAGCUGGUGGAGGGGAGCCAGCUGAGCUCAGGCCUAGAGGGCACCCUUCCCUACAACCACAUUAACUGGCUGCAGCUCCAUCAGAAACUUCAUCCUUUUAUGUCAGAUCUCCAAGAGGCCUCAGGUUUGCUACUAACGGCCAUCAGGAAACUAGAGGAAGGCCGUAAGAUUGACACAGUGCAGGAUGUACAGAGGUGUAUUCUAGAACAGAGAACUCUGAUGAAGGAUGUUCUGGAGGACAGACAGUUGGUCGCUUUGCAAAGGGAGGGAGGAGCCAUGCUGGCUAGACUGAGAAGGGAGAGUGACCUCAGAUACUCUCACUGUGAGGAUUACAGUGAUGCAGUGGAUUCUGUGACCUGCAUGUACAACCAUGUAGAGGAGCAGGCCCAUGUGCUGGUGCACAGAUCCAACAUGUCCCUGGAGCACCUUGAAUACCUGCUCCAACUCAGAGAAAUGGAGGGCCACUUCUCUAAGAUCAGGGAAUGGUUUGAUGCAGAAGGGGAACGGCGGUUGUUGGAGGCAGAAUCCGUGGAGGACUCUAGAGAAAGAGUGGAGCAGACUCUCCGUAGUUUCAGUGCAUUCCUCACUAAAGCCAAUGAGCAGAAGCACAAGGCUAUGGCCCUGGUGACGGAGGCAGAGAAGAUCCAGGGCCCAUCUCCAUACCCUGAGACUGAGGUGUUCAGGACCAUGGUCUGCACCUUCAAAUCUGGCCUGGCUGACUUCCUCUCCCGGGCAGAGAAGUGCUGUAGUGAGCUGGAGACGAUGGUCACUGUGUGCAACUUCUGUGAGCAGGCUACUGAGCUGGCCAAAGACUGCAGACAAUACCUGGACCAGGUUGUCAGACGCCCAGAGACGGAUGAUGUCUCUACACUCCAGAUGUACCAGGAGAGCUUUGUCCAGUUCUCCUCAGAGCUCUUCCAGGAGGUGAAGGCCCAGGCGUGUGCUUUGAGGGGCUCCAGGGGCAUGCGGGUGUGGAACGUAGCGUGGCUAAAGUGUCAGGAGGUCAGGCAGCAGCUAGAGGAGAGACUGCAGGAUGUGGAGAGGGCCUUGCGGAACACAGGCCCCUGGCAUGAACAACUUAGAGCUGGUGAGGAUGAGGCCUUGGUUCAUACAGUGACUCAUCAUGAUGGGGCUCUGGUACUGCCCAGACCUGGUCCACCACACUGGUACAAUCCCCCAUCAGGCUCUAUGAUGGGAAGGUAUCACGGGGCCUUGGAGAGCAGGAACAACUCUGUGACCUGCUGUAAUAUAAACUUCAAGCCUGAGAAUAACAGACCUUGUAAACGGUCAAAGACCACCACCAUGCCGGCCUCUCCCCAUAUCAGAUCCAUUAGGAGAGCGGAGAGAGAGRCCAGAGGGAGAGAGGCCUGCCACUCGCACACUGUGGGCUGUGAGUGGUUCCCGUGGCAACGCGGGGGCCUGGGCCGGUCCAUGAGCGAGGACUCGUGUGCGACCGCCACGUCCAGUCAGUCUGAGUCUUGCGUCCAGACACCUUCCUGCUCCCAUGGGAAACCCUCCUGUCGGAUCCUGCAGGCCGCUCAGAAGUUCCAGAUCUCACGGCAUGGCAGCUUCUGCUCAGAGGAAUCCUGUAGUGUCCAAGAGGGGGCAGAGAGGACCUCUUCAAGGAAUACUAGCCCAUCAGUGAGGAGGUGUGAGGGAACAACAUCAUUGGCAAGUUCAGAGGAGAAGGCUGGCAAUAUUAUGAAGCUGCAGCGGAUCAUGGCAGAGCUACUGUUAACAGAGAGGGAGUAUGUGCGCUCCCUGGGUUACAUCCUGACUCAUUACCUCCCCCUGCUGGAGAGGCCUGACGUGCCACAAGACCUGCGGGGCAAACGUGGAGUCAUCUUUGGGAACCUGGAGAAGCUGUAUGACUUCCACGGCCAUUUCUUCCUCAGAGAGCUGGAUGCCUGUCAGACAGAGCCUUUACAAGUGGCUCGCUGCUUCCUGAGACACAGAGACAGUUUAGGCCUCUAUGCUCUCUACAGCAAGAACAAGCCUCAAUCAGAUGCCUUAAUCCUUCACCAUCGCCCUGACAUCUUCAAGAGGAAGCAGCAGGAGCUGGGGGAUCACAUGGACCUGUCCUCCUACCUCCUGAGGCCCAUCCAGAGGAUCAGUAAGUACAGCCUGCUUCUGCAGGACAUGCUGGGGAUGUGUGGGCCUCAGAGAGACAGGGAAGAGCUCCAGGCUGCAGCCGACGUGGUCCGCUUCCAGAUGCGUCAUGGCAACGACCUCCUCACCAUGGACGCAAUCCAGGACUGUGACGUGAAUCUAAAGGAGCAGGGCCAGCUGAUUCGCCAGGAUGAGUUCAUCGUGUUCUUCAGAAAGAAGAAAUGCUCCCGCCGUAUUUUCCUCUUCCAGGAUCUCAUCCUCUUCAGCAAGACCAAGAAGACCAAUGUGGGCAAUGAUGUGUACAUCUACAAACAGUCUUUCAAGACAUCUGAUAUUGGGAUGACCCAUAACUCUGGAGAGAGUGGUUUCUGUUUUGAGAUCUGGUUCCGGAGGAGGAAGUUCCAGGACACGUACACUCUGAAGGCUGACAGGGCGGAGGUGAAAAGCGCCUGGACCAGAGACCUGGAGCAGAUCCUCUGGGAACAAGCUGCCUACAGCAGAGAGCUGAGGAUACAGGAGAGAGUGUUCAUGGGCACGGGGAGGAAACCUUUCAUGGACAUACAGCCUAACGAGGCAGCCAUCUGUGACAGGGCCGUCAAUUGGGACAGGGCAGGCGUCGGUGACAGGGCCGCCAAAUGUGUCCUGCUAGGAAGAGCUCCUGUGCCGUCUUUUCCACAAACAGAUCUUGAAUGUCUCCGGCCCAACUCCAUUGGUUCAGGCAGUAGUGUCUCUACCUCCUGCAGCCACUCAUCUUCCUCCUCUGGACGAGGUUCUUUACCUCCUGUAGGUUACCCUGGUAACCAGAUACAAGGUGGGAAAACCAAUCACAUUGUCUAUUCCUCCCCGGAGACUGUGACGGUGACUGAAGAUGACCUCAAUAACCAUCAUAAUCACCAGAAACAAAAUCUUCAUCUUCUCAUGGACAGCAUGGAGUCGUCAGGUGAGAGUGGCAGUGUGUUCAGCAGCUCGGAGUGCAGCUGCCUCUCUGCCAUUGGUGGAGAGGUGGAGGACUCGUCAUCUGUCACGUCCCAAAGCUCCCAGUCCUGUGUCACCCAGAGAACAGCAGCACCCAAUCUCAGGAAGAACAGCUCCCCUGCUACGAUCAGGAAGAAGCCCUCCAUUGCUCCCAAACCACCAGRGCUGGCUGCUCCUCAGAGCCUGCAAAAGGGCAAAGAAAUGGUUGCUAUAGGAAAAUCAACAGAAGUUUAACCAGUGGAUUUAACGGAUGGUUCAUCCUGUGGAUCUCUGAGCAAUGAUGAUGGAGAGCAAUCAGGCUGACAGUCAAUUGAAAACUAUGAUAACAGACUGAAUGGACCACUAGUUAACAAGCACUGAAGAGAAAGUGACUUUUUGUCUUUGAAGAACUAAUGUAUCUGGAAUAUUCUAGCUGAAAUAUCAUGAAAAGGAACACAUGAUGGACUGUGGUCAGUUUUUAAAGUGCUUAUGGUGUCCAUUUAUCUAAUAAUACUACUUAAGCAACCACUUCUUUAUCAGCUACUGCUUUAACUGAAUGGCUAUUGUUUUGCUGUCAUUGGUUCAUAAAACAUACUUUUUUGUCUUUGUAAUACUAGUAGUAUUUCAGCUGUUAACUUUUACAAGGGAUUUCUUUGGAAUUUACACAUCAUUCUCACCAUGUCAUGUUGACUCUCUUGAUGACCCCAUAUUCCCAUGAAAUGUCAAAUAUGGGUUCAUAUUUUUCUUCUUCAAAUUACACACAUUUAACACUGUUUAUAAUGUACCGGUACACAUGUCAAACUCAAACAACUGACUAUAGAAACACUUGUUCCCAUUAGUAUUCUCUGCAGGCUCAGGACAACUUGUCAGGUGGCACUCACAUGAUUUCCUGCCCAGAUUUAUAGAUAAAUUAGGGAUCAACUAUUGAUAUCCAGGUGGGAUAGCAGAGGAGCAGCAAGUUACUUAAUAUUUUUUUCCCAUUUGGGUAGAAAGCUUUGUACUAUAUUGCUGUGAAAAUCUCUGGAAAGGGAGAAAAACACUAAAUUAGAAUAAUUUAAGGGGUCCAUCUGGCAUUCUCAACUCAUCAGAAACCAGUGUCUUCUGACUUCUCCAGUUCAGUUGUUCUAAUAGUCAACAUAUUAUUUUACAAUAUUCAUUACAAACCAUGUACAUUAUUGAGAUCUUUCUUUUCUGUGAAAACUGAAAGCAAUUUUGCUUAGGGCUAGGUUCUAUAAGAACUGCGGUAAACAACAUCUGCAUAGCGGUUGUUUUGGCGAUGUUGUUUUGGGGAGGGGGCCUUCAUGAUGAAUUCAGAUUUUUGUGGCCCCCACCCCCAUCAAAGUUGCCCAUCCCUGUUCUAGGCUGUUGUCUACACUUCAAACAGGCUAUAUGCAUUAGCCUGUCAUUAUUUCUAUCAUCGAUAGAGCCUACACUUUCUAUCGCCGUUUUGAACACACGAGCAGCCGCUCUCCAAUUUGUCAACUCACACUGCAGUUACGGCCAACGCGGGUUUAACUCUUGAUCUGAUUGAAUCACAGUCUAUCUUUUUAACAUGUCAAUAUGGUGAGACUUUCUUUGAAACCACUGUCAUCAAUGUUAGUUUUGUUCAUUGUCCACACUUUUUGGGUUAUAUUUUGGUUUUUCUAUAAUACCCAAUGUAUAUAAUUCUCACUGAAAAGCUAUUUAUUAUAGGAUCAGUGCCAUUUUUGUAGAGAAUUUAGUACUUUUUCCUGUAUUUCCCCAGCAGCUGGUUUGAACAUCAGCUCACAUUGAUGUUGUGCAAUCAGAAGAAAUGGGAACAACCUCCUUCAGUGGAAUGUGAAUCCUGACACCUCAGAGGUCACAGGCCAUGACUAAACAUUGUGACCUGACUGACCAAGCGUAGCCCUUUUGGUCAGCACAUAGCCAUCGGUUAAGCAUCAGAUAACAUUGUUGUGUAGGCCACAACGCUCCUCUACCAUAGCUCCCCUCCGCUGUCCUGAACAGUUUGUGUCACAAAUGGGUUACAUACAAUAUCAGUAAACAAAUUACUAAUUGAGAUAUUAUUUAUUUACAUUUGGCCAGUCAUUUAAUUAUAACCUCUGUGUUUAUUCAUGUAUGUAACAUAAAACAAUAAAAGGUUAAUGUUUAAAAUUUAAAAAAGUGA